AAGGGAAGCCAUCAUAGAAGCUAUGCGCGAUUUCGAAGUGCCAAAAUAUUUAGUACGAUUGAUAAAGAACUAUUUAACGGACAGAAUAGUGGUGUCGACGAAACCCUUGGGAGCAACAUAUGAAUUCGUGAACAGUGCGGGAGUGCCACAGGGUUCUGUGCUGGGGCUGUUAUUGUGGAAUAUAAUGUACGACGGUGUUCUAAGGAUCACCAAGGAGGAGGGGGUUGCGAUGGUGGGUUUUGCCGAUGAUCUAACCUUAAUAGUGCGUGGUAGGGACCUGGAAAAGGCUAAGGAAAAAAUGAGCCGUACUAUCGAGAGGGUGAACGAAUGGAUGAAUGAUCCCAGACGAGAAGACAAAACUGGCCCCCCUCACCGGGAAAAGGCGAAUUCCUCCUGUUCACCUAGAUGUACUGGGGCAUUUGACGGAAUCGGAGGGGAAGAUCAAGAUGCUCGACAAAAAUUUGUCAUAUAUACCCCAUGCGCAGGGGGAGAAAAUACGUGUGUCGGCUGUGGAGAGGUGGACUCCCCCGGACAUGCUGUACUUGCGUGCAGACGCUGGGAAAGGAACAGAGAAUCAGUGUGGAAACAGAUAGGCGAACAUGUUGGCGAGGAUAGGAUCGUCCAAAUAAUGCUGGAGAGAGGGUGGAUCACCAAGGUGAUUGGCACUAGAGAGAAAGAGACACGGGAAAGUGAGAGGGAGUAGCGGGAACAUCGUGGCGCCGACCAUCUGCGCCAGCCAUGUAUGGUCGUGAAGAAUAUCGAAAGGUGAUGCCCGGCCAUGCUACACUAGGCAGAGGAAAGGGUUUUAGUUGGUAAAUCUUACCUAGAUGGAAGGGAGCCCCCCCCCCUCAAUCCCAAAUCUAAAUAAAUAUUUUAAGGACGUUUUCAUAGAUGUGCAAAUACCUAAACUAAAGCUUACUUAGACUGAAACAGUACUACAAUAGUUAUUUAAGAUAACGAAGUAAGAAGAUUAGGAUUAAGUAUUGAUACAAAAGAUAAGAUUUUACUAAAAGGCUGUGGUGGUCAUCAUUACGAAGGACAAGUUUUUUUAUUAGAGGUAGAUGAUUUUAAGGGUCAAGUGAUGGCGCAUGUGGUGUCGGACUCAACACAAGAUAUUCCCGAUACCCUUUUACGGAGUUACCUGGAGUACUAGUGAUUAAUGGCCAUAUGCACCGUUUUUUAUUUAAACUGCGCUUACGUAAGCUCGCUUAAGUAGUUAAGCGCUAUACAUAAUUUUUGGUAAUGCACCGUACCAAACUAAACCGAGUUUUGGUAAACCGUGAAUAUGUUUGGCAACGUAGCAUUUUUAACCCACAAUGCACUUCGUCUACUCAGUUGUUUGACAUGUUAUAACCUCAAAUAACAUUGUGAAUUGUGAUUGUAGUAUUGUACAGAUUUCACGUCUUUGUUAAAACUAUACAAAUAUGAGCAACGCAAAAGUUCGAGUGCCCAACUUUUCCAGUACAGAGAAGCUUCAUCUUUUAACGAUUAUAUCUCAAAAAUAUUACAAGAUCCUAGAGGACAAGAAGACUGAUCGCGUUUCAACGGGACAAAAAGAAAAGGCGUGGGACGAAAUAGAAGCCGAGUUUAAUGCUUCAUCUACCUGCACCACAUACAGAAAUGCACUGAGCCUCAAGAAAUGCUAUGAAAACCGAAAAAAAGAGCUCCGGAAAACUUUAGCUACUAAUAAAAGAGAAGCAUUAUUAACUGGUGGCGGUCCACCGCCAAAGAAGAAGAAAGAUGGGGACGAUACACUGAUGGAUGACAUUUUAAUGGCCAUUUUAAAUGAGAAAACUUUGUUGGGUCUUAAAAAUCCAUUUGAUGAUGAUGCAGAUGAAACGGAGAUACCCCACAUUGAAGGUAAUGAGGAAGUUGUUCUUGAAUUAGAGGCAUACCCAUGCGAAGUUGCAACUACCGAAAACUGUGUAGCGGAUACUGUUAAUGUGGAAGCACAGAGUUCCAUUAACGCUAUCCAAAUGCCAGUCCCAACAAUGAAUUGGAAAAAGUAUGUUCCAAAACAGCUACAAUGCCCUACAAGUGCAAUUCUACGUUUCUCAGAAGAGAAAGAAAAUAUACCGGAACCUGAUAAUGCCCCAGCACCCAACAAGGUUAACACUCCAAAGAAUGCAAACAGAAGAAGACCAACAACAGUAGUCAAGACACUUACAUCAUCUGAGAUAGCAAAAAAGUACAAUCUGUUACUCGACAAAAGACUAAGCUUAGUAGAUGCACAAAUUAAACAUUUACAUGCAGAAAAUGAACUUGUUCUUAAGAAACGUGAAUUGGAAAUUGAGUUACUGCAUAUUCAAAUAGCAAAUGAAAAAUAUGUAGAAUAAUAUGUUACAUGUGGUAAUAAAUAACAAUU